CUCUCCAGAAAUCUUCCACGUAGACAGUCGGUCGCUAGCUUCUCACUUCAGAGUCUGAUGAAUCUUUAGCCCCAAAAUCUUUAAAGAAUAAAACCCCUCUCGCCUUCACUUGUUUUUCUUCUUCUUCUUCUUCUAGAGUGAAAGCUUCAAAAUUAGAUCUUUUGAUCAAAAUAUAUUCUCCAGUUAGGGAAAAAGAAGAGUGAGAAGAAUAUUUAUUGAUUGUAUAAAGGAAGGAAGGAAGCAAGAAAGAUGUCAUCUUUGGGAACUUCAAAGGGAGUGUUGGAGAUAGCUAAGUUUGCAGUAUAUGUGAGUGUCCCGAUUGGGCUGAUGUACUUCUAUGCCAACAAUACCAAGAAUCUCCAAAAAUUCAUGGGAAAUCGUCAAUAUGUCGUCUACCCCCCUGAAGCACCACGACCUCCAUCACCAGAGGAACUAAGAGAGAGGGCACGGGAGUCGGCGCGGAAGAGAAACAACCAAUAAGUUUCUGGUUUUGUAAGUAACAAUAAUGUAGCUUCCAGUUGUAUCUCUCUCUGUCCUGUGUGGCAAACAAAUUUAGUCGAAUCCUCAGAUGUACACCGGAGAUGAAUGCGCUUGUCAUUUCUGAUGUUGUGUUGAUCUGUUUAACAUUCAUUUUUACUCCUCUGCUCCCCUACAGAAAAGAAACAGAGUCGAAAAGGUGUUAUAAGUUGUCCAAAACUCUCGUUAAGUUGAAGCAACAAAUUGCUGCUGGAUGUGCAGUAGCCAAAAGUUUUGCGCUUCAAUCUGUGUGAUA